AUGGGGAACAAAACAACGAUCCUGAUAGCGCAUAGAGCGGCGAUGAUGAGACAUGUGGACAACAUUGUGGUUCUCAAUGGAGGCAAAAUUGUUGAAGAAGGGACGCAUGAUGCUUUAUCGGGUAAGAACGGAUUGUAUGUGCGUUUAAUGCAACCACACUUUGGCAAGGGUCUACGCCAACAUCGACUGAUCUAA